AUGAAACUGUUACUUCUCGUCGCUGUCGCUAUCGCCAGUACCAUGGCACAGUUUAACCCGCAGUACCAACAACACCCCAAUGCUGUACCACAACAAAUGAACCCACCACCAAGGUUCAGCCAAUACAGCACCAGUAACCAGUACGGACAAGGCUCCGGAUACGGUACUCAAUACGGUCAAACAGGCUACAAUAGCGGCUACGGCAACACAGGCAACAGCUAUUCGUCGACCCCGUCGUCAUAUUACCAAAAUGGUUACACGACUACCGGUUACGGUACCAACCGACAGUACGACAAUGGAGUGUACUACAAUGGUGUGGCAUCAACAACGGCCCUGGCUGCUGUCGCCACCGCCGCCAUCGCUUACGCCUUGUAA